GGGCGUGCAGCGCAUUGUGGGGCGGCGGGCGCGUGGGGAGUGGGAGGGGUUCAUGGCGGCCAUCGGUGUCCACCUGGGCGCUACCUGUGCCUGCGCCGCCGUCUAUAAGGAUGGCCGCGCCGACGUGGUCGCCAACGACGCCGGGGACAGAGUCACUCCUGCCGUCGUUGCUUUCUCGGAAAGUGAGGAGGUUGUUGGCUUAGCUGCAAAGCAAAGUAGAAUAAGAAAUAUUUCAAACACGGUAGUGAAAGUAAAGAAGAUCCUUGGGCGAAGCUCGGGUGACCCACAGGCAGCAAAAUAUAUUGCAGAAAGCAAAUGUUCAAUAAUUGAGAAGAAUGGAAAAAUUCAGUAUGAAAUAGAUAAUAAACUUAUUAACCCAGAAGAUGUGGCAAAACUAAUUUUCAGUAAAAUGAAAGAAACUGCUCAGUCUGCGUUGGGUUCAGAUGUAAAUGACGUUGUUAUCACUGUACCAUUUGAUUUUGGAGAGAAUCAGAAAAAUGCCCUUGGGGAAGCAGCUGCAGCCGCUGGAUUUAAUGUUCUGAGAUUAAUUCAUGAGCCGUCUGCAGCUCUCCUGGCGUAUGGAAUUGGCCAAGACUCACCCACUGGGAAAAGCAAUGUGUUGGUUUAUAAACUUGGUGGAACGUCACUUUCUAUCACAGUCAUAGAAGUGAACAGUGGAAUAUAUCGUGUGCUUGCUACAAACACAGAUGAUGGCAUUGGUGGAGUUUGCUUCACUGAAGCUCUAGCACAGCACUUGGCUUCUGAAUUUCAGAGGUCAUGUAAACAUGAUAUUAGAGAAAAUCCCAGAGCCAUGAUGAAGUUAAUGAACAGCGCUGAUAUUGCGAAGCACUCUUUAUCAACCCUGGGGAGUGCAAACUGUUUUGUAGAUUCAUUGUAUGAUGGAUUAGAUUUUGAUUGUAAUGUGUCCAGGGCCAGGUUUGAACUUAUCUGUUCUUCACUUUUUAAUAAAUGUGUAGAAGCAAUUAAAAAGCUCUUGCAGCAAGUUGGAUUUACAGCAGAUGAUAUUAAUAAGGUAGUUCUGUGUGGUGGGUCUGCUCGAAUCCCAAAGCUACAGCAGCUGAUCAAAGACAUUUUCCCAACUGUGGAAUUACUGAAUUCAAUUCCUCCAGAUGAAGUGAUUCCCAUUGGUGCAGCCAUAGAGGCAGGAAUUCUGCUAGGGAAAGAGAAUACCUUGUUAGAAGAAGAAGCAUUUAUUGAGUGUUCUGCCAAAGAUAUUCUUCUUAAGGGAGUAGACGAGUCGGGGGCUGACAAAUUCACAGUGCUAUUUCCAUCAGGGACACCAUUACCAGCACGAAGGCAGCACACCCUGCAUGCUCCUGGAAACACUUCUUCUGUGUGCCUUGAGCUAUACGAGUCAUUGGGGAAAAGUCCCAUGAAUGAAGAAGGUAAAUUUGCACAGAUUAUACUCCAGGAUUUAGAUAAAAAGGAGGAUGGCCUACAUGAUAUACUAACUGUUCUCACUAUGAAAAGGGAUGGGUCCUUGCAUGUUACCUGCACAGAUCAAGAUACUGGAAAAUGUGAAAUCAUCACUGUUGAAGUGGCAUCAUAGCCCCUUCUGAAAGGCAGCAUUUUUCUAAGCUGAUUUUUAUCUCUUACUGGCUUUUCUGCCAAAGUGGUGACUUUCUGAGAUGUCUUUAAUCAUACUUCAGUUUAUUACAGUCCUCUAAGAAAAACAUUAAUUUGCCACUGACUCUGUUUGGAUGGAAGUGUGGUGCAAGAUAUUAAUCAAGACAUACAGACAGCAGGUCACUGAAUUAUCAACACCUGAUAAAAAAUGCAAAGGAUGAAUCCUCAUGCCUGUGGUUCAGCAACAAGCAUAUUAUAUAAUCUAUAAAGAUUGUUUUGGACUGAUCGGGUCAUGUACCCGUUCAGCCACUGUAUCUGUGGCUUCAGGAGUGUAACAUUGAACCAGCGAGAGCUAGACUGAAAAUACCAAAUUGUACGGAAACUGUGUGGUCUUGAUGUUGCCUGAAACUCUGGAGGUGAUGGCCUUUUGAGCAGGAAUUUUUUUUUUUUCGGAGUUAAUGCAAGAUGGUUUUGUGGUGUUACCUGAAAAAUAUGUGUAAGGGUUAUAUGUGCUUAUUUGUUUGUUAUUAAUAAAAUACUUUUAUGCAGAUCCUGGCAUCCUCCACUCUGGCACUGUUCUAAUCUGUGUCAUGUAUUUGUUUGGAUAUAAGCUGGUGGCUUUUUUGUUUUAGGUAAGGGAGUAAUGAGGAAGAUCAAGCAGGCAAGUGUAGUUACAGUGUUUGAGGGUCUCAGCCUUAUAUGCACUUAAGGGGCAACAGUUCAGCCCUGAGGGCCUGUGAAAGGGAGAUGAUUCUCUGCCUCUGCUCUGCCCUGGCAAGGCAGUGCUGUGUCCAGUUCUGGGUACCCCAGUUCCAGAGAGACACGGAACUGCUGGAGUGGGUCCAGUAGAAGGCUGCAGAGAUGAGGGGACUGGAGCACCUCCCUGGUGGGGAGAGGCUGAGAGAGCUGGGGCUGUUCAGCCUGGAUAAGGCUGAGAGGGGAUCUUAUCAAUGCAUACAAAUAUCUUAAGGGCAAGUGCCAAGGGGAUGGGGCCAGGCUUUUUUCAGUGGUGCCCAGUGAUAGAACAAGGGGCAACGGGCACAAACUGUGACACAAAAAGUUCCAUCUGAAUACGAGGAAAAACUUGUCUGCCUUGAGGGUGGCAGAGCACUGGGACAGGCUUCCCAGAGAGGCUGUGGGGUCUCCUUCCCUGGAGACAUUCAAAUCCACCUAGAUGUGACUGUGCAGCCUGCUCUGGGAGAAUCUGCUUUAGCUAGGGUUGGACUAGAUGGUCUCCAGAGGUCCAUUCCAACCUUGACCUUUCUGUGAAGAUACUUGAAGUAACAUAGUAGAGCCUCAAAAUCAGAGAUGAACUAGAGGAAGGGCUGCCUGUCUGCAUUUGAAGAGAUGUUUGUUCCAUGUUUUACUAGAUGUGUGUACCUGUUUUACUACAGGUUUCCCAAAUUGUCUUCUGUUUGCAGAAUGUGUGCUUCUUCCUGCCUCACAAAAGCAAGAAAUACUGCAUAACCCAGGUAUAAGUCUUACUGCAUUCAUUCCAAACAAGUCUGUACUGCCUGGCUUACCAGCAUGGUAAUUCUGGUAACCAUGGGGUUUGAAUUUGCAAGGCUUCCCCUGAGUGGAAAAUCCCUGGAUAGCUGGAAAAUAAGUAGUUCACCAGUGCCUGUGUGAAAACUUGUGGAAGGGGUCUUGGAAAACCCGAAGUCCUGUUCUGUCGGGACAGUGCUGUUACAAAUGUAAGUAGGGAGACAUUUAAGCACCAAGUAAUGGUGUGUUUAAGAGAUGUUGUGUGUGAUGGGUACCACACUGUGGGGUUUAUGGGGCUAACCUGAAAACUACAUUAACAGGAGACUCCUCUUCUGAGAAGUGUGCUUUGACGACAGCAUAACUACUAAAUAAAAAACAAAUUUAUUGUUUACUAU